AUGAGGUUGGCGAGAGGGCAAGAACUGCGACACUUGGCGCGGACGGCCAGGUGUGUUCUCUUGAAUGUGAUUGUACCUAAGCUAGAGUAUGCAGGAGAGGUAUGGGAAGGUAACGAAAAGGCCGUCAAGCAGCUGGAAACGGUGCAGAUGGCAGCGGCCAAGAAAAUACUAGGAUGUUCAAGUACAACGAGCAACACUUACAAGGCAAGUAGAAUGUCGGACGAUAGACUACCAGCCAUGGUUGACAAGGCAGCUCGGGGAAAAGCGACUCCAGGGAAGAAAGGAAUCAGAUGGGACAAGGUGGUAGAGAGGGUUUGGAAGGAGAUAGGAGACGAGGAGGAGACAUUGGACACGGAAGGGUUCGGGGGGUUCAAGAAGAAAGUCAAGGAGAUGCUAAAAAGUAGGGAGGAGGCAACCCUUCGGAAGAAGGUACGAAGCGAAGACCACUUGGAGAUAUACGGGAAGUUGAAGGAAGGGAUAGGGAUGAAGAGUUACUUGGACGGCCCCAUGGACUACACAAAAAAACUCAAGUUGCAAUUUCGAGUAACAUGUCCAUGUGGCAAAUCGGAGGAGAGUAGACCCCACAUAGUUGGGGAGUGUGAGCUGUACAGGAAGGAAAGAGAGGAUCUCGAGGAGGACAUGAGACAGAGAGGGUGUGACAUGGACAAGUUUGGUAAAUUAGACAACAGCGAAAAAACGAUCGCGGUAAUUGGGGAUAGAUGGUGGGCACAAGAGGCCGUAGAGGACGGGGAUAAGAUGUGCAAGGAAUUUUUAUGUAGUUUGUAG